AUGGAGCCGACCCCCGACGCCGAGGAGGCGCACACAGUGCGCGAGGCGCUGGGCCGCUACGAGGCGGCGCUGGAAGACGCGGUGCGCGCGCUGCACGAGGACAUGCAGGGGCUGCAGCGCGGUGUGGAGCGGCGCGUGGCCGAGGCGCUGCGCCUGGCCGGCCCCCUGGCACGCACCGUGGCCGAGCUGCAGCGUGAUAACCAGCGGCUGCAGGCGCAGCUCGAACGCUUGACGCGCCAGGUGGAGGCACUGGGUUUGGCGACUGGUGUGUCCCCUGCACCAGGCACUCCCAGCCCCCCGCCCGCGUCCUCACUUCCGGACCGCGCGCCCCGCUUGGGCACCGCUCGCUUCUCCAGCCACGCCACCUUCUCGUUGUCCGGCCGCAGCCAGAGUGUGGAACAUGAUGAAACCUGUGAUUCUGAGGUCAGACGGACCUCAAACUCAAGCAUUGUUGAGAAUGGACACCAGCUGGGCACAGGUCCAGCCAAUGGACCUUCUGAGGUUGCUGGGACCUCCUCAGCCCCGGAGCCUCCUAAGCCUCGCCCUGUGAGCCUCUCCUUGCGGCUGCCCCACCAGCCAGUCACAGCUGUCACCCGAGUCUCUGAGAAGUUCUCUGGGGAGACCUCAGCUGCAGUUUUAUCACCCACGUCUGCUGCCAUCCUGGGGAGCUUCGCCUCAAGCCCUAGCGAGGCCAUCAGCCCCUGGACUCCCAGUCCCACUGAGAAGAAUUCCUCUUUUACUCGGUCUUUGUCCGGCUCUGGGUACGGGGCAGUCACAGCAGGCAAACACAAGGACAGCCCCCCUUUGGUGACCCCACCACAGUCACCCCCAUCCCCGCAGCCUCCAGUCAUGACUCAGACCCCUCGCCAGGGAGAACGUCGCAGGGAACUGGUGAGGUCACAGACACUACCCCGCACCUCGGGGGCGCAGGCCCGGAAGGCAUUGUUUGAGAAGUGGGAGCAGGAUACAGCGAGCAAGGGCAAAGGUGAGACCAGGGCCAAACUGAAGAGGUCUCAGAGCUUCGGUGUGGCCAGUGCCAGCAGCAUCAAGCAGAUUCUGCUUGAGUGGUGCCGCAGCAAGACGGUGGGCUACCAGCAUGUGGACCUGCAGAACUUCUCCUCCAGCUGGAGUGAUGGGAUGGCCUUCUGUGCCCUGGUGCACUCCUUCUUCCCUGAUGCCUUCGACUACAAUGCCCUGAGCCCCACACAACGGCAGAAGAACUUUGAGCUGGCCUUCACCAUGGCAGAGAAUCUGGCCAACUGUGAGCGCCUGAUUGAAGUGGAGGAUAUGAUGGUGAUGGGCCGCAAGCCGGACCCCAUGUGUGUGUUCACCUAUGUGCAGUCGCUCUACAACCAUCUGCGUCGCUUUGAGUAAAGCCGGUGGCCUGGACACAGGAAUACACUGUGGAGCCACUCACCUUCCCCACGGCAGCAUGACCCCCAAGGAGAGCUGCCUCCAGUGUGAACUGGAUGCUGUCCUGUGGUGUGUGACACACCUAGUUACUGAUUAAAAGUACCUCCGAGCUGAGUCCCCAAAGUGCUCUUCACAGCCAAGGGCUCGAAGGAAAAGGAAAAAUUCUCAGAGUGAGAAAUUGGUGCUAAGCAAUGAUCUUCCUACAGAAAACGCUUGCCUGUGUAGAUUCUGGAAUGCUAAAUUACAGUUUUUCCCUCUGGUGAAUUUGAUACUUUGGCUUGACAGGGUUCCAUUGAUUAUCAAGAUUUUUUUUUUUUUUUUUUUUUAAAUCAAAAUACCCAGAGUUUUUUACUUCCUCACACUAUUGCAGGUUCCUUUCCUCCCUCUGGGCCACUGCCAGGAAACUGAGCUGCUUAAUCAGCAACUUGAGGAACAGACCCAAGUCUUGAGACAACAGCUUAAUCAUGCCCAGGUCCUAGGCAGCAGAUGACCUUCAAGUCACCUCUUCUCUGUGGGGAGAUGGCAAGGCUCUCGCCUAGGUCCAAAGGGGCUUCUUUCUGGUCUUCACAGUAAGCCCCGCAAGUGUUCAGCUAAGAAUAGGCUCUCUGGGCAGCACCAGUGAAGAGGACAGGCCCUUUAUGCUGAGAGUUUUCAUUUUAUUCACAUCUUUCUAAAGGGCAUUUGCUACAGGUAUUUCAUCUGUACCAUUAACCUGUUUGUAUAUAAAAAGAUGUGUUGAACUUU